AUGAAGAGCCAAAUCCCAGUGGUGCUCCUGGCCUGUGGCUCCUUCAAUCCGAUCACCAACAUGCACCUGCGCUUGUUUGAGGUGGCCAGAGAUCACCUACAUCAAACAGGAAUGUACCAGGUGAUCGGGGGUAUCAUCUCUCCUGUCAACGACAACUACAGGAAGCAAGACCUCGUGGCUGCCCACCACCGGGUGGCCAUGGCCCGGCUGGCCCUGCAGACGUCCGACUGGGUCCGGGUGGACCCCUGGGAGAGUGAGCAGGUGCAGUGGAUGGAGACAGUGAAGGUGCUGAGGCAUCAUCACAAUGAACUGCUCAGAUCUCUGCCCCAGACGGAAGGCCAGGACCACGGCAGGGCUCGCUCCGUGGCCCCCACAGCUGUGCCCGAGCUGAAGCUCCUCUGCGGGGCAGAUGUCCUGAAGACCUUCCAGACCCCCAACCUCUGGAAAGACGCGCACAUCCAGGAGAUAGUGGAGAAGUUUGGCAUGGUGUGUGUGAGCCGGACAGGUCACAACCCAAAGGAAUACAUCUCGGGCUCGCCCAUCCUGCAGAGGUAUCGGCACAACAUUCACCUGGCCAGGGAGCCCGUGCAGAAUGAGCUCAGCUCCACGUACAUCAGGCGGGCCCUGAGCCAGGGGCACAGCGUGAAGUACCUGCUCCCAGAUGCUGUCAUCAGCUACAUCAAGGACCACAACCUCUACACCAGGGACAGCUCCUGGAAAGACAGCAGCUCCCAGAGGAAUGAAGGGAAGACAGACUAGGGAGAGCCAGCCACUCCGCCACAGAGCUCCUCCUGACCAAAGGGCAGUUAAGGUCUUAGGCUUUUUUUUUUAGGCAAUGAGUUUAUUUCAGAGGAGUCUUCUGUCCCAGGAAG